GCAAGGACAGGGCUGUAAGACCCAUGGCGACGAUCACACACAAGCAGAACUUUGUCACAACGUCGAUCUGACCAACCAACGACAAGAGUGCCCGAUGUACUGAAACCGAAAUGUGGCAGCAGCGGAUGGGAAAGGCUGAGUUUGAGAGUUGUAGAUCUGGCACUUGUGACGCUUCUGACGUGGCCAGGACCCUGAACCAAAAGUCUAUGACCACUUACCAUUAUCCGGACGAUAAUUUACACAGCGCAGCUGUUAGGACGUCAAAUUACAUACGUCCGUUAGUAUGCCUGCAUGAGCUCUACCUGAUCAAUUCGUUUGCUUCUCUUCCUGCAGUCGCCCUCUUCGCAGAAUCAUGAAUGGCAGUCAAUCAUUACGCCUGAAACCUCUCAGGUAACCGACACUGAGCAGCG